GCGGCAGCCAGUUUGACGUGCGGACUUGCCCGAGUCGAGAGGGAGCGCUCAUCUGCACCGUCUUCUCUGCUUCUACUGCGACGCGAAAAAGGCUCGAAAGGUUCAUCAUGGGAAACAGGUUCAGCAGGAGGCGAGACAUUACAGCCAGCAGUGGUGAAACCAAUGCCGCUGAGCAGAAGGCUGCGGAGGAGCCCGCGGCUCCUCAGCCAGCAGAGGAGUCUGGGAUAGCACCGACUCAGGAGGCCGUGGAGACAGAGAAUCUAGAUGAUGUGGUGGUGGUGGGGGAGCCAGAGACAGUGGAGCCGCGUUUACCCUCUGAAGAGUGUACAUCAGAGUGUAAAGAGGUAGAGGCUCCUGCUGCCUCAGCCGCACUGAAUGAUGCUGACCCAGAGCCUGUGGCAAAGGAGACCCCGGCUCCAGUCGGCGAACCGUCGCCUCCAGAGUCGGAACCUGUAGCGGAACCGGAACCUGUCGCUGAAGCUCAGCUUGCCCCAGAACCGGCCCCGGAACCUGUUCCUGACCCAGGGCCUACCUCAUUUCCAGAGGCAGGAGUUGAGGCUCUCCCUGAGCCCACCUCAGAGUUGGUCCCAGCCCCAGCUGAGGCCGUAGAGCAGCAGACAGACAUGCUUACCCUCGAUUCUCUCUCUGAGCCAUCCCCUCCUUCACCCCCUUUGGUCGACCUGUGUGUCCCUGAUGUCACUCCCCAGCCUGUUAACACUACUCCCUCCCCAGCUCCCAUCCCUGACCCAGUCGAUGCAGAUGAGCCCUCAGACAUCCCAGUGACUGAGGAACGCCAAGACGGUGCUGAGGCUGCUCGGAGCUCCACGCUUGAGCCGGAAAGGCCCGAGGGAACGUCAGAAUCUCUGGAAAAGCUGAUGGAGGAGGAGGCUGCAGAGAAUUUGGAGCAGCUUGUGAGCGAUGUCAAUGAGGAAAGCAUAAGUGGACUUCUACAGAACUUAGAGCUGAAAGGAAAUGACCUUGUCACCGACCUCAUUCCCAGUGAUGUCAAGAUCCCUGACGACACUCCCAUCACAGACGUCUACUGAGCUGAUUCGAGUCCACCGAGGAGAAUUCAUGAAAUAAGUGAAUGGAUAUUUUUCUGUGAAACCCUCUUAAGCUUUUACAUGACUUCUGAAAUAAUCACAGGUACAAUGGGUUUUUUUUCCCCUCACUUUUGUGGCCUAAUAAAGGCAAACAGUUUUGUUUUGUUUUUUUCUCUUUCAAAAUGAACCAAAUGUGUCAAAUGAACUCUGGAACAAACUGAUGUCUUGUCAGUUUUAACUCCAAAACUAAAUAUUGAUACAUUUAUGUUUUUUUAAAACAUGUAUACAGCCAUAUAUUGUGUGUGGGGGGUUGAGUUAAGGAGCUGAAAUAGGACAGGGAAUAUAGGAAUAGACAACAGAGAUCUUCCUCUAUGCAAAUUCAACAAGCAAGAAUUUAAGCAUAUUUCUUGAAGGGACUUUAAGAAAAAGGUGCGAUUGCUAUAUAACGACCUGAUGGAUUAAAAGAUGUAAGGGGGUGCAAAAAAAAAGAAUAUCAUGCUGAUUGAUUCCAAAGGGAAAACUAAGAGCUUUUUGAAGUGGGUAAGUCAUAAGUAAAUGCAAAAAGACAGGCAAGGGACACUGGCAAUGCAACCAAAGAUGGAGACUAUAUAUGCAUAUGACUAAAUAGAAGGAUACAAGUAUCCAAUAAACAUUUAUGCCUUAACAUACUUAUGUUUGGACUUUGCAAUAUUCCUCUAACAGGAGUGAUCAUCUCCUUAUUGUAUUAACAGUAUAAUAAGGUUUUUGUUUUUUUGUUUUUUAAGUAGCGGCUUGCUUGUGAAAAUAAAAACAUUACUCCAUUUG